AUGAAACCCGAUGAUAUUGGAAUUACUAAAUUAACAAAAAAAUACAGAGAAUGUAAUUUAUGUGGGAAGCAAUAUAAUUUAAAUACUAGUUCAAAUACUAUAUAUAUUCAUGCCUGUCGACAUAAACAAUUUCACGAUGUUCUUCGUAAAGAAUUGGGUGAAUCAAAAUUUCAAGAAAAACUUAAUAAUUUGCCUAAAAAUUUUAGAUUUGAAGAUUAUGUAGCUGAAAAUAACACAAAAAAUGAUUCCGAUGAUCAACCAAAAUCGGUAACGGAAGAUCAACCUAGUAAUAUAGGAUCAAAUACACGUAAACGUAAAUUGUUAGAUCAUACUAUUGUUGGAACACCAAAAGAACUUUUACCAUCAUUACCCGUAACUAGAAAUAUGUCUACAAGACUUAGUGAAAAUUUGGCAUUAAAAAAUAAUAAAGAAAUGACAUCAAAAGAACAAGUUGUAAAAGAUACAUCACUUAAUUCUAAAAGAAUUAAUGUUGAUAAAGUUAAAUGUAGUUUGGAUGAUGCACCUGGUAUAAGUGACUAUCUUCCAGAUGGAUUUAGAAAAGUUAUAAAAACUGACGUUCUCGGACUAACGAAAUUAAUAUCAAUUAACCAUAGAAUAUGUCUUGGAUGUGACAGAAAAUUUCAAAGUUCAUGUGGUGUAACAAGUUUAUACAAACAUUGUAUAAGACACCCUGAACAUAGAGCAAUUCUUAAAAAAAAUCUUGCCACAACAGCUUAUAUUAAUGCUUUAAAAAAUGCACAUAUUCCAUAUACAGAAGAUGAUAUAAAAGAUGAGCAUGGGCAUCCAUUAAUUGUAGAUGAAAGCCCGUAUUUUACAUCAAAUCAAUCUCUUAGUGCUUUAUUAGAAAAAGCUAAAUCAUUUGAUUGUCUUAAUAGAACCAGUAGUUCAAUAGUUGAAAAUAAUGAAACAGGAAAUAACUUGACUGAUGAAAAUAACACACUAAAAAGUUUAAUUAUGCAACCAAUAGAAAAUCAAUAUCAAGAGUGUUCUGUAAAAAAAAAUUCAUAUAGAAAUGAUAGAGAAUUUAAAAAUUUAUUAUUUAAAUUUCUUCAAACGUCAGGGUUAUCUAUUGAAUUAUUAGAAAAAAAUGGGAUUUCACAAAUAUCUUCUUUACUUCGAUGUAGGAAUACAAAUCGAUUUGUCAAUGAAAUAAUUAAUAAUAACGAAAUAAAAAAAUGUUUAGAUAAUAAAUUAUUAGAUAACAUAAAGAAUUAUACAUUAUCUAUUGAAGAGUAUAGUAAUAAUGAAAUUACUGUUGGAGUUGUUAAAGUUUAUUAUUUAGAAACAGAUUCAAAAUUUACUUCACAAAACCUUGGAAUUGUAUCAUAUAAAGAAGAUAUAAGUGUAAGAGAAUUUGAAAAAAUACACAAACGUAUUAUACAAAUGAUAGAAAAAGUUAAUUUAAAAUUAAGUUCAACAACACCAUUGAUUUCUAGAGGAACAACAUUUUCUAAACGUUUUGCAAUUCAUAGUGGUAUUUUUGAAAUUCCUUGCUUAAAACAUGAAAUAAUGAAAUGUAUAUCUAAAGUUCAAUUGUCAUCUACAAAAAUUUUUCCUUCGCUCAAAAAAGCAGCAAAAAAAUUUAGUUUAUACAAAUAUGUUGUUGAUAAUGAAAUGGAAGUAUCUUCUAAAUUAAAAGAGAUUAGUGGUAUUAAAGUUCCAUUAGGAUGGAUAGAUAUUUAUAAUAUUUUGGCAUUUGGUGCACUAAAUAUAACUGAAGCUACAGUUUUUUGUCAAGAAUUUUGGCCCGCAUUUGUACUUUCUAAUGAAGAAUUAGAAUCUGUUUAUAUGUUUAUUAAACUUAAUCAACCAAUUGUUGAAGCAUUGAAUCUUUUAACAUCAGACUCAUUAAAUGUAACAUAUUAUUUAAAAGUUAUUGUUGAUAUUUGUACAAAAUAUGAUAAUUAUGAAAUUUUACCAUUAGAAGGUGACCUUGUUAAAUUGUUGCAAACUUCUGAUGCCGUUUUAAUAAAUAACAUUGAUAAGUUAUUUGAAUAUACAAGUUCAGAAUAUUUUGAAGUUUCAAGUGAAGUUAUUAAUACUGAUAUGACUAAUGAAAAUAUUGUUGAUCUCUUUAAUUCAAUUAAAAAAAAGCUUUUAGAAUCAUUUUUAGAGUUAAAAAAUAAGUCUAAAGAAAAUAUGUUGGUUUGUAAAGGAUUAUUAUUAAAUACAGAAGAGGCAUACAAUCCAAAAUAUGGUGAUAUAUCAUUUUGGACAUCAAUUGAAUCUUUGUAUACCACAUCAUUUAUUAAUAGAGAUAAUAAUGUGGAUGUUAAAAGAGUUUUUUUUGAAGAUGGGAAUUUAAAAAGUGCUCAAUUAUACAGAAAUCUUUUGUAUAACUAUGAUGUUAAUUAUCUCGGUGAUUUUUGGUCAUCUCAAAAACAUGUUCUUCCAACUAUGUAUAAUGAAUAUAUUAAAGCAUUGUCAAUACCAACUGAACAAAAUAGUCAAGCUAAAGCUGAAUGCUUAUUUGAUUGGAUAAAUGAUUCAAAUUAUCUAAUUAAUGAUAUCAAUAGUGAUAUGUAUUUUACUCAUAAUGAUAAUUAUUGCGAAGAAAUCAUUAUUAUUGAAUAA